AUGAAAAAUACAUAUAGUAGAAGUUCAAUCCGUAGUGUUGUUAGGCUUGAUCCGUGGGAUUACCACGUCUACCGGGCUUUGGAGUGUGAAUUGGGGCCAGCAAUGCGAUACAAGAAUGUGGUGAGCCAUUCGACGUUGAUCAGUGUUGGUGGUACGCUGCUUACUUUUUUUGUUGUGCUGAGACUUUUAAUAUGGUCGUCGGGUGCAGUGUCUGGCGGGGUUGGUAUGGGAUGGCUGCCCUUUUUCAAGCCGUUUGUGCCCAAUUUGAAGAACGUCCCGGGUGUCGAGUUUUACGAUCUACGCAAUUACCAGGGCGACAAAGAUGGGUGGCAGAGGAACAACCGGAUCCUGUUUUGCGUGCCGCUGCGAGACGCGGCAGAGCAUUUGCCUAGGUUUUUCACGCAUCUGAGCGAGAUGAGCUAUCCGCAUAAUCUGAUAGACCUGUCGUUCUUGGUGAGUGACUCUUCGGACGACACGAUGGGCGUUCUGCUGCAGCAUCUGCAGGUAGCGCAGUCGCAGAAGGACAAGACGAAGAGGUUUGGCAACAUCGAGAUCUUUGAGAAGGACUUUGGGCAGGCGAUCGGGCAGUCGUUUUCGGAUAGACACGGUUUUGCAGCGCAGGGUCCGAGGCGGAAGUUGAUGGCGCGAGCGCGCAAUUGGCUGGGCUCGGUAGCGUUGAAGCCGUACCACUCGUGGGUUUAUUGGAGAGACGUUGACGUCGAGAUUGCCCCCGUGUCGAUUAUGGAGGACUUGAUGCAUCACGAUAAGGACGUUAUCGUGCCCAACGUGUGGAGACCGCUGCCGGAUUGGCUGGGGAACAUCCAGCCGUACGACUUGAACUCGUGGCAGGAGUCGGAGGCCGGCAUCCAGCUGGCGGAGACGCUGACCGACGAGGACUCGGUGAUCGUCGAGGGCUAUCCCGAGUUUGCCACUUGGAGAACGCAUCUCGCGUACAUGAGGGACCCCGACGGUGACCCGGAGGACGAGAUGGAGCUGGACGGGAUCGGCGGCGUGUCGAUCCUGGCCAAGGCAAAGGUGUUCCGCACAGGAUCGCACUUCCCCGCGUUCUCCUUCGAAAAACAUGCCGAGACCGAGGCGUUCGGCAAGCUGUCGAGAAGAAUGAACUACAACGUCAUCGGGCUGCCCCACUACGUGAUCUGGCACAUCUACGAGCCGUCCACCGAGGAUCUGAAACAUAUGGCCUGGAUGGCCGAAGAGGAGAAACGCCGUCUGGAAGAGUCGAGGCUUCGAGAAUUCUACAACAGGAUCUGGGAGAUCGGUUUCGACGACGUGAGAAUGGACUGGUCCGACGAAAGACAAUCUAUACUGAAGAACCUGGAUCACACAGAAUCCUACCAAAACCAAAUCAUCGUCGAUUGGUCCGACAACGAUGAAUCCGAAUCCGCAAGUCAAACCCACGAUUCCGCAGAGCAGCAAGACCGCCACAACCUCGAAGACCAUCAAAACGACGAAGUUCCGAUGGACUUCGAUCCAGAUCAUAACUAA